AUGGAUGUACGCAAGAACACGGAGGAGGAGGAGGAGGAGGAGUACAUCCCCUUAACCUCGGACUGCGAAGAUUUCGAGGACGGAGACACCGUUUCAAUGACUACAUCAAUCUGCAAGACGGGGAUCUCGGCUCACACGGCUGAUCGCAUAGGCGGUGAAUACACAAGGUCUGGGAUGGCGUAUGGAGCUGUUAUUGACGCGCGCCCUCGGUUGGAGGAUGUACAAGACACCCUCAGCAUGAAAAUGUUCAUUGGCGGGUUGAACUGGGAGACAACAGACGACUCCCUUCGCGACUACUUCUCCCAAUUUGGUGAGGUUACUGAGUGUACGGUUAUGAGAGACGGCGCCACUGGACGGUCGCGAGGCUUCGGAUUCUUGACCUUUAAGGACCCCAAGACGGUGAACAUUGUUAUGGUCAAGGAACACUUCCUGGAUGGUAAACUUAUCGACCCGAAGCGUGCUAUCCCGAGAGAUGAGCAAGAGAAGACGUCCAAGAUCUUCGUGGGCGGCGUAAGCCAGGACACGACCGAGAAUGAGUUCAAGGAAUACUUUGCACAGUUUGGCCGGGUAGUUGACGCGACGCUUAUGAUGGACAAGGACACCGGCCGCCCCAGAGGUUUUGGGUUCGUCACAUUCGAGAGCGAGGCUGGAGUCGAUGCGUGCCUCAGCACCCACUUGGAGAUACACGGAAAGCCUAUCGAAGUCAAGAAAGCUCAGCCCAGAGGUAACAUGCGGGAGGAGGAGGAGGCUUCGAGACGUGGCAAGUUUAAGAAAGGCGGCAUGGACGACCAGGGAGCCAACCAGAACCAGAUGGCCAACCAAAUGGGCCAAGGAGGAAUGACACCUCAAUCGAUGGCCCAGUACAUGCAACGAAUGCAACAGUACAUGACCAUGAUGCAGCAGCAGAUGGCCAUGAACAGAGGCAUGGCCGGGGGAAUGGGAGCCAUGAACCCAGCGAUGAUGCAAAUGAUGCAGAUUCAACAAAUGCAGCAGCAAAUGGCCCAAGGAGGAGGCGGAGCCAACCCUGGGAACAACCCUAUGGCCGGCAUGGCCGGCAUGGCGAAUAUGAACCCAGCCAUGAUGCAGCAAAUGCAGAACCAGAUGAUGGGUAAUGGCGGCGCUGGCCAAGCUCAAGGUCAGGGCAACGACGAUCAACAAGGCUUCAACGACUACAACAACCAGCAGCAGAUGUACAACCAGCGAGGUGGUGGAGGCAGACGGGGUGGUCGUGGUGCUUAUAACCAGAACUACGGCAACAUGGCUGGUGGCGGUGGUGGCGGCGGCGGUGACCCUACAUCUUGGGAAGGAAUGUACGACGACGUUCCCCAGCCCAACGCCAACCCGGGAGGCCGAGGAGGCUUCCACCGAAACCGAGGCAGCUACGGACAUCACAGUCCUGCACCAAGCGAUCCGACCCAGGCGCCCCCUCCGAACGCGCCCACGGGCCCCAAGAAUGCUGGCCGACCAGGGGCAAACUAUCGCGGCGGUGGACGAGGAGGUAACCGCGGUUACCACCCCUAUGGUCGCUAG